GGCCCGCAGCCAUGACCUGCAGGGUUUUGAUGCGUCAGGAUUUGAUGCGUCAGCAGGCUCUGGAGGAGGAGCAGAAGGAGGCGCAGCAGCAGCUUCUCCGCUCAAAUGACUCGUCCUCCCCCAUCUCUUUUUCUGUGUCCUCCUCCUGCAGACCUCCUGCUCAGGUCCCUGUGGAGGUGCUGAAGGUGCAGACUCACCUGGAGAACCCGACCAGGUAUCACAUCCAGCAGGCCCAGAGGCAGCAGGUGCGUCACUACCUGUCCACCACACAGACAGCCAAUCAGGAGCCUGCUGGACAGGCACCAAGCCACUCCCCCCAGCCGGGCUCUGCCCCCAAAAUACAACCUGCAGACAACAGCCAAAAAACAAAGAUGGAAGAGACGGUCAUCGAUGACAUCAUCAGCCUGGAAUCGAGCCUUAAUGACGAGUUUCUGACGCUGAUCGACUCGGGACUGCAGCUCGCUAACACGCUGCCAGUGUCGGGGAACAUGUUGGACGUGUAUGGCGGUGGAGGGAUGGCCACGCCCACCAUCACCAUUAGCAACAGUUGUCCGGCCGACCUGCACGCUGUCAAGAGAGAGCUGAGUGACGUGGAGGCCAAAGCUCUGAUCAAAGAGAGACAAAAGAAAGACAACCACAACCUCAUUGAGAGGCGGAGGAGGUUCAACAUCAACGACCGCAUCAAAGAACUUGGAGACCUGAUCCCCAGAUCUACAGACCCGGAGACGCGGUGGAACAAAGGGACGAUCCUGAAGGCGUCGGUGGAUUACAUUCGCAAACUGCAGAAGGAGCAGCAGAGGAGCCGAGAGAUGGAGGAGAGGCAGCGGAGGCUGGAGAGCACCAACCACAGCCUGCUGCUUCGUGUGCAGGAGUUGGAGCUUCAGGCUCGCCUCCACACUUUCUCCUCUUCCUCCUCCUCCUCCUCUCUGGACCCUCAGACUCUCCCUCCUCCUCCGCUGCCUCCCCCCUUCUCCUCCUCUUCCCCACCCUCUUCCUCCUCCUCCCUGGUCACCCCCUCCCUCGGGCUGGAUGCACUGAGCUUCGUGGAUCUCGACGAGCCUCCGGGAGCGUCCACCGUCUUCUCCCCGGACCUGAUGACGGACGUGGGCCUAACGGAGCUCCAUGGCCUCCUGAUGGAGGAGGAGGUUGUCGGAGGAGGAGGCGAAAACCCCCUGCUGUCCUGCAGGAGGAGGAGGAGCAGCUCCAGCAUGGAUGAGGACCUCUGAUGACAUUAUCUCACACGCAGGGAUCCUAUUGGCUAAUUUUUUUUUUUUAAUGGAACUUUUUUAAUCAGUGACAUCAUCAAAGUUACCAUGGUAACCGCUGUGUAGUUUGCAGACUAGGAAGCUGAUUGGACGAGGAUCAAUGACUGUGAUUGGUUCAGACAGAAUGAUAAAUUUAAAAUAUAAAUAUUCACACGUGUAGCAACGUGCGAAGCAUGCUAACCAUGCUAGCUGUUUGACCAAUCAGUGACCGCCAGCACUGUGAGCUCUGCUCUGAUUGGUCAGCAGAGAAAAAUAAUAAAUAUUCAGAGAUUAGCAAAGACUCAUGAAUUAUUCAUUUUAAUUAGUUAACGAGCUUUAACAAGCUCCUUUAAAUCACCUCAGUGAUUUUUUUCAAUGAUUUAAAUUAAUCAGUUUCUUCAAGGCCAUGCCCCUCAGUGAUGUCACAACAGGUGAAACCCCCGAAGUACCUGUGUGACUCACCUGUGCUGUCAGACUGAAGAAGGGAAGUUAUUUAUACCGCCAAAAUAAAAGCUUCAGUGUUUCAGUCAAAACCCGACUGAUGAGCAGCAUCAUCACUGAUCUGUGACAUCAUCAUCUGUGUGAUGUCAUUGGCUGCUCAGUCCUCAUGCAGACAAAGAUGGCCGCUUCAGCUUAGCUAACGAGCUAACUAGCUGUUAGCUCUGUUUAUCUCAGCGCUAACGUUAAAGUUUCAACGUCACGUUUCAAAUACUACAAAUGACUACCCUCACCGUGAUGUCACUGUGAUGUCACUGUGAUGUCACCGUGUGACACAGCUGUUACAUGAGAUGAUGUCAUGGAUGCAAUGUGACAGUGGUUACUAUGGCAACAG